AUGGCCACCAUUGAGUCACCCGUUCACAAUCACCUAGAUUUCAUGCGAAAAGCACUUGAGCAAGCACGUAAAUCACCUGCAAAACCAACCAACUUUCGCGUCGGAGCAUUACUAGUUGACAGUGACACGCAAACUAUUUUAUCUACAGGCUACACUCUUGAGUGUGAAGGGAACACACACGCUGAACAAUGUUGCCUCAUCAAACUAGCGUUUGACCGGAAAGUUUCAGUAGGUGAUUUAGCAAUUAUGCUGCCAGAGAAUACAGUUCUAUAUACCACCGUCGAACCAUGUGUGCUUCGACUCAGUGGCGCUAAAUCGUGUGUCGAUCGGAUUCUCAACUUGGGAAAAGCUAUCAAAACAGUGUACGUUGGUCUGGCGGAACCGGCGCUUUUUGUGAGCGAGAACAACGGAAUGUGCAAGCUAGAAGAUGCUGGUAUUAAGGUGGCUGUUAUAUCAGGCUUGGAAAAGGAAAUUCUCGAGGUUGCCACCGCAGGACACACUACGUAG